CAUUAUCAAAUCAAAGCCAUCCCAUCCCACCCAGCAGGGGAUCCCACCGCCACCAGCAGUGCAUGGAAUGGAUGGUAGUGCUGCUCCGAUCUGGUCAGACUUCCAACUUCAUCCCUCCCUAUCCAGACCCAGAGGCCCCCACCGAGACUCCCCACCCGGCUGCCGGCUCCCGGUUGCCUCCCCCAAUCCCGCUGCGCUCCCCAAGCCACCCCCCUCCGCCCCAAUGUCAAUUGAGCUGAACCGCCGAUAAUCGCGGUCCUUUUGAUGCCAGUGCGGCAACUUGUCAAGGUACCACUACAGCUUCAUCGCCCUCCGGCACUCCGGCGACAGGACGGGAUGGCGGGUUGCUGGCUGAGGGCUGCAGCCCUUUGUUUCGGUCAUCGCCCUACCUCUGGUACCACGGCCAGCCGGGAGGGAGAUGGUGCUGAUCGCAACAAAUGUCUGCGACUACAAGGAGCUCGCGAAACAGAAGUUACCAAGGAUGGUUUAUGAUUACUAUGCCUUGGGUGCAGAGGACCAACGCACAGUUAGGGAGAACAAGGAAGCAUUCUCCAGAAUUCAGUUUCGACCAAGGGUACUGAUUGAUGUGUCUCACAUUUACAUGUCCACGAGUGUCUUAGGCUACAGUAUUUCCAUGCCUAUCAUGGUUGCUCCUACAGCCUUGCACAAAAUGGCCCACCCUGAAGGAGAGCUUGCUUCUGCUAGGGCUGCAGCUUCUGUAGGAACUAUAAUGACAUUGUCUUCCUGGUCGUCCUAUAGUAUUGAAGUGAUUAAUUCGACAGGACCUGGAACCCGUUUCUUCCAACUUUCAGUAUACAAGGACAGGAACUUAGUGCAACAGGUUAUUGGAAGGGCUGAAAAGGCCGGCUACAAGGCAAUUGUACUGACAGUUGAUGCUCCAUGGCUUGGCCGCAGAGAAGCUGAUGUCAAGAACAGGUUCACCUUACCUCCAAAUGUGGUAUUGAAGAACUUUGAAGGGGUAGACUUUGGCAACAUAGACAAGGUGACUGAUUCUGGCUUUGCUGCAUACUAUGAUGCCUGCCAGGUUGACCCCUCUCUUUCUUGGAAGGAUAUCAAAUGGCUGCAGACAAUUACUUCGCUGCCAAUCUUAAUGAAAGGAAUCCUAACAGCAGAAGACACUCGAAUCGCUAUUGAAUCUGGUGCUGCCGGUAUCAUCGUAUCCAACCAUGGUGGCCGCCAGCUAGACCAUGCCCCUGCAACCAUCAGCUGCCUAGAAGAGGUUGUCGGAGAAGCAAAGGGCCGCGUUCCUGUAUUCCUCGACGGAGGCAUCCGCCGUGGCACUGACGUGUUCAAGGCCUUGGCACUAGGAGCCUUAGGAGUUUUUAUCGGCCGGCCGGUGCUGUUCGCCCUGGCAGUGGACGGCGAGGCCGGCGUGAGGAAGGCGCUGCAGAUGCUGAAGGACGAGCUCGAGGUCGCCAUGGCGUUGAGCGGCUGCGCGUCGCUGAAGGAGAUCACCCGGGGCCACGUCACCACCGAGGGCGACAGGAUCCGUCGCUCUAUGCUGUAGUCUGAAACUCCCUGGGCUGUCGGUUGAACGCCACGGUGAGCAUGCGUGACUGUUACAUGGAUUCAGAGAUUCAGUGUCUCCUGAGACAUCUGCUGUUCUUGUUGCAACUUUUGAUGGUUUGCA